CAGACCCUAAUAUGGUCAAUGCAGGAGACAUGAAUGGUUCCGGCAACCUGAUGGAUUUUCUGGACGAGCCUUUCCCCGACGUUGGGACUUACGAAGAUUUCCACACCAUUGACUGGCUGCGGGAGAAAUCACGCGACACUGACCGCCAUAGAAAGAUUACAAGCAGAAGUAAGGAAUCCAUAUGGGAGUUCAUCAAGAGUCUGCUGGAUGCCUGGUCAGGAUGGGUUGUAAUGCUUCUCAUAGGACUACUGGCAGGCACGUUAGCCGGCGUGAUAGAUUUAGCUGUGGAUUGGAUGACAGACCUGAAGGAGGGUGUCUGCCUGUCUGCCUUCUGGUACAGCCACGAGCAGUGCUGCUGGACGUCUAAUGAAACCACGUUCGAUGACAGGGACAAAUGUCCGCAGUGGCAGAAAUGGUCUGAACUUCUCGUAAGCCAGUCUGAGGGUGCAAGUGCUUACAUUCUAAACUAUUUUCUAUACAUUAUGUGGGCUCUGUGUUUUGCUUUCCUGGCAGUCUCCCUGGUCAGAGUGUUUGCUCCCUAUGCCUGUGGCUCUGGAAUCCCAGAGAUAAAAACCAUCUUGAGUGGGUUCAUUAUUAGGGGCUACCUGGGAAAGUGGACACUUUUAAUCAAAACAGUCACCUUGGUUCUGGUGGUAUCUUCAGGCCUCAGCCUUGGGAAAGAGGGGCCGUUAGUCCACGUGGCCUGUUGCUGUGGAAACUUCUUCAGCAGCCUCUUCUCAAAGUACAGCAAGAACGAAGGAAAGAGGAGAGAGGUGCUCUCGGCUGCAGCCGCUGCAGGAGUUUCUGUUGCCUUUGGGGCUCCGAUUGGAGGUGUGCUUUUUAGUCUGGAAGAGGUCAGCUACUACUUUCCUCUGAAAACCCUCUGGAGGUCGUUUUUUGCUGCUCUCGUGGCUGCCUUCACACUGAGGUCCAUCAAUCCUUUUGGAAACAGCCGUCUGGUCCUGUUCUAUGUGGAGUACCACACGCCCUGGUACAUGGCCGAGCUCUUCCCCUUCAUCCUGCUUGGCGUCUUUGGAGGCCUCUGGGGGACCCUCUUUAUCCGAUGCAACAUCGCCUGGUGCAGGAGGCGAAAAACCACCAGACUUGGAAAAUACCCAGUCCUCGAGGUCAUAGUGAUAACAGCCAUCACAGCCAUCAUCGCCUACCCCAACCCCUACACCCGGAGGAGCACCAGCGAGCUGAUCUCCGAGCUCUUCAAUGACUGCGGUGCCCUGGAGUCCUCGCAGCUCUGCGACUAUAUCAAUGACCCAAACAUGACCCGGCCAGUGGAUGACAUUCCCGACAGACCUGCCGGCCCUGGAGUCUACACCGCCAUGUGGCAGCUGGCCUUGGCUUUGGUGUUUAAAAUCGUCAUCACGAUAUUCACUUUUGGCAUGAAGAUCCCUUCAGGUCUUUUCAUUCCCAGCAUGGCUGUUGGAGCCAUGGCUGGACGGAUGGUUGGGAUCGGAGUAGAGCAGCUGGCGUAUCACCAUCAUGACUGGAUCAUCUUCAGGAACUGGUGCAGACCUGGGGCAGACUGUGUCACGCCGGGACUUUAUGCUAUGGUGGGAGCAGCAGCUUGCUUGGGUGGCGUUACCCGAAUGACGGUCUCUCUGGUGGUGAUUAUGUUUGAGCUCACUGGAGGCCUGGAGUACAUCGUACCGCUUAUGGCUGCAGCUGUCACAAGCAAGUGGGUGGCAGACGCCUUUGGGAAAGAAGGGAUCUACGAAGCUCACAUUCAUCUGAACGGUUACCCGUUUCUGGAUGUGAAGGAUGAAUUCACCCACCGAACCCUGGCCACAGACGUCAUGAGACCAAGGCGCGGUGAAGCUCCUCUCUCUGUUCUGACGCAGGACAGCAUGACGGUGGAGGAUGUUGAGACACUAAUCAAGGAGACUGACUACAAUGGCUUUCCAGUAGUGGUUUCGAAAGACUCGGAAAGACUUAUUGGAUUUGCGCAGAGACGAGAGCUGAUUCUUGCAAUAAAGAACGCAAGACAGCGUCAGGAUGGGGUGGUGAGCAACUCCAUCGUGUACUUCACCGAAGACCCCCCAGAACUGCCACCCAACAGUCCCCAUCCACUGAAGUUGCGGCGUAUUCUCAACCUGAGCCCUUUCACUGUCACUGACCACACGCCAAUGGAAACCGUGGUGGAUAUUUUCCGGAAACUCGGACUCCGGCAGUGUCUUGUCACUCGCAGUGGGAGGCUGCUAGGUAUCAUAACUAAAAAGGACGUAUUAAGACAUAUGGCUCAAAUGGCAAACCAGGACCCUGAAUCUAUCAUGUUUAACUAG